UCCAGAAGAAGAAAUGGAGGCCCGAGGUUGCAAUUUCUCUAAGAAUUACAGCGCAAGAAAGCGACGGCCAUAGCAAGAUCUCAACCAUAGCUGCUUUUGGCAGUUCACACUUCAGGUUCAGGGUCCUGUCCCUGCGGGUGGCCCUUGGCGCUGGUGAACUGUCACUGUCCUCUCCUUCCUGGAUGGUAGGGAUGACAGGCCAGCAACUUUACACGUAGAGGUUCUGGAACUUCUGCGCCACCCCUGGUCCUUCCAGGACUUAGGUGGGGGUGGUACACCCGCCUCCAGGCACCUGCAGCGGGCCCAGGCCUGCUAAGGGAAAAGGGCAGGUGGUGGGCGGAGCCGGGCGGGGCCCCGAGAGCCUGUAAAAGCCGCGCAGGAUGGAGCUCUGGCACUGACAUCUGUGGCUAUGGAGCGUCCUCACUUCCAGCUGGCGAUGGGCCUGGCCCUGCUCGCACUCUGCCUCCUGACUCUGUCCCCGGACGCCCGCGCCGAGCUGCGAAGCCGAAGGAUCGGAGAACGCCAAAACCUGUCUCCCAACGAUCCCCGGGUGCAGAGGGCCGCACAGGUCGCUGUGAGCACCUACAAUAUGGGCAGCAACAGCCUUUACUACUUCCGAGACACCAAAAUCGUCGAUGCAGCGUAUCAGCUGGUGGCUGGCCUCAAGUACUAUCUGACUAUGGACUUAGAGAGCACGGAGUGCAGAAAGACCAGAGUCUCUGGAGAUCACAUGGACCUCACCACCUGCCCUCUGGCCGCAGGCGUACAGCAAGAGAAGCUGCGCUGCAACUUUGAGCUCCUUGAAGUCCCCUGGAAGAACACCACUCAGCUUCUGAAGCAUGACUGUAAGGUGGUGUAAUCUGUCCCAGGGGACAGUGAUGAGAUUCCCAUGGGAACCAGCACGGUGGUGGAGGGACCUCAGGGCCAUGG